CCAGAGCACUGGCUGGACAGCAGACCUGAAAGCGAUGGGAACAUCUAGCCCUUAACCAUGGGCCCCAAAGUAAGAAUUGUGAUAACUGAAGAAAACAAGGCGAUUGUUUCCAUUCAGGCCUGGUGGCGGGGCACUCUGGUGCGCCGGACGCUGCUGCACGCGGCUCUCAGAGCAUGGAUCAUUCAGUGCUGGUGGAAACAGAAACUGGUGCUGCUGAUGGAGAGCAGGCGACGGGUGGCCCUAGACGCCUUCGCAAGGCAAGAAUGGGCAGUGGUCAAGCUACAAUCCUGGGUCCGCAUGUGGUGCAUACGCCUUCGUUAUUUACGCUUGCUCCAUGCUGUCCGCAUCAUCCAGGUCUAUUGGCGCUGGCACAGUUGUCAUACCCGUGGUUUCAUUCAGGGCCAUUACGACCUCAAAGAAAACCAACUGAAUCUUCAACUUGAAAUCUCUUUGGGUUCACAAGCUUGUAGAGUACAACAAUGCAUACCACUUCCAAUAAAGGAAUGACCAGGUCUGCUA